AUGGAUGAGCACGAGAAGGAUGACGAGGAUAAGACGAACGGUUUGGUCGAAAAACCAUUACUAUUGGACAAACUACCGUAUAUUGAUUCCUUUUUCCGAGAUCAAUCUGGAGGACAUAUAGCAUUAGAUGCUGGUGUUGCAUUGCAUCAGUUUGGUAAAUAUUUUUAUAAAGAACACCGGUUUACAUUCAAGAAAGAUUACGACUUAGCGCUACUCAUGACAGGAUAUGAUCUGCAAGGCGAAAAUAAAACAACUGGCGUAAUGGUACCCGAGGUUGCAGGUCUCGCUAAUUCUCCUGGGGCUUGUGCUCAACUUGGACAAUCUGUCCUGUCUGUAGGCUUAAUUGAGGACAACUGUGGUUUUGGUGGAGUGCUCACUGCUGCUCACGAGUUAGCUCACUUAUUGGGUGCUGAUCACGACAACGAGGGAUCUUUAAAGUGCGAUGACGGUUUCUUGAUGAGUAGCGCCCACGGAGGUAACACGAAAAAUACAUAUCUCUUCACAAAUUGCAGCCAAGAAUAUAUGCGCCUCUUUUUCAUGACACAACAAGCAUCAUGCCUUUUCAACUUUCCUCCUGAAGAUGAACCAGUACCAGUGAUCAUGCCAGGACAAUAUACAUCAUUAGAUGAGCAAUGCAAAAAAAGAGGAUCUAUUGAAGCAAUUGAUUUUGGUGAAAGAGUUUGUACUGAGCUGUGCUGCGUUAUUAAAAAAACACUAAUGUCCAUAGAGUAUGCUUGUGGAACACCAGCCCUGGAUGGAUCUGCCUGUGGACAAGAUUCUGUAAGACAUGCUCUCAAUACAGAAUAA